AUGGAACAUCUCUUCUUAGUUGUCUUGGUGACUUUGAGCUUCGGAUUUUCAGAAGCUUCCAUUCAGCUCUACAGGAACGAGGAGUUCACUGCAGGCACGAAUUCCCGCUACUUCCACGGCGGGAGUGAGGCUGUACACGCUUCAACGGCGGAUGAUCCCGCCUACAUCCGUAUAGAGGCGAAAAUGUUGCCUGAGACAGUCAUUGUGAACAAGACUGGUCUAUACGACAUUUACUUUCUGAUAUGCGACAAGGAUUUGGAGGGUACCACAGUGACAGGAAGAUCAAUGUGGAGGAGUCCUGGAGGUUACUUGUCGGCAAAAGACGCUCCAUUGCUCACCUUCAUCGGCGUGAUAGUCAUUUGGUACAUGUCCAUUCUCCUGGAGUGUAAGUGA